AUGGCAGGAGCUGUGGGAGGUGUAAUUUCAGGUGUCAAUCCUUUCCAUUUCAAUGCAAGCUCUCCUGUAACGUUGUUUCUCAUACAGGCGUGUAUCAUCUUGCUGCUUUCCAACGGGCUGCACUUGUUUUUGGCAAGAUUGAGGCAGCCAAAAGUGAUCUCUGAGGUGAUAGCUGGUGUUAUUCUUGGACCCACAGCACUGGGCCAGAUUCCUCAUUAUACAAAUACGAUUUUUCCCAAGGCCUCUGUAACAGGACUUAAUUUGGUGGCCAACCUGGGGAUCAUUCUAUUCAUGUUCUUCCUCGGACUGGAGGUCGAUGUGCGCUUCAUAAAGAACCAUGCAAGAACAGCCUUUUCGGUGGGACUCGCUACUUUGACGGUACCCUUUGGUUUUGGGUGUUUAUUUGCAAUUCCCUUGUACAAUACCUACAUGAAGAAUGUAGAAAGUGAACAAGGUAUUAAAUUUACUGUUUUCAUGGUCUUUAUCGCUGUGUCACUGUCAGUAACAGCGUUCCCCGUUUUAUGUCGUAUUCUAGCUGAGUUGAGGCUUCUGACCGAACGCGUAGGUAUCGUUGUUCUUGCAGCAGGAACCAUCAACGAUGUCAUUGGGUGGAUUCUACUUGCACUGUGCAUCAUUUUGUCCAAUUCACAAGCACACGCGGUAAAUGUGGUGUACAUCCUGCUGUGCACUUGUGGCUGGUUUUUAAUGUACGCUUUUCCCGUGCGGUAUGCGCUCAGAUGGGCCCUUCUUCGCAUGCAUGAAUUCGAAAGAAGCACGCCCUCAACAAGGGCUACUCUCAUAGUACUGCUGCUAACAUUCGUCAGCGCUUACUUCACAGACAUCAUCGGCGUUCACCCAAUUUUCGGUGCCUUCAUGGCGGGCCUCAUUGUUCCCCGGGACCAGAACUACGUUGUAAAGUUGGCUGAUCGCAUGGAAGACAUUCCAAACAUUGUGAUGAUUCCCAUUUAUUUUACGAUCGCAGGUCUCAACGUUGACUUGACCAAGCUCAAUGCUGGAAAAGACUGGGGUUUCACUUUUGCAAGCAUAGGAAUAGCAGUCUCCACAAAAGUUGCAUCCGGUUUCGUCAUGUCAAAAAUAAAUGGUCUUUUCUGGCGCGAGUCCUUGGCGGUCGGUGUAUUAAUGUCUUGUAAGGGAAUUGUGGAAAUCGUUGUGCUAACGACCGGUCUAAAUGCUGGAAUAAUCUCUACAAAGGUGUAUUCAAUGUUCAUUUUCAUGGCAUUGAUUUCUACUUUUGUUACAACGCCUCUGACAUUAUGGUUGUUCCCUAAAUCUUAUCGAGAGGAGCUGAAAUUGCAUCUAGAAGAUCAACAAGAAAAUUCGCAGCGAGACCAGAAAGAGGGUUCGUCGGGAGUUUCACAUCAUGAAUUGGAGCAGCAUCACAUAGAGCGUAUUGUCACCGUUCUCAAUAGACCUGAGCUCGUUUUCCCCACUGUUACUCUGCUGAACUGCUUGGUACAUGGGGAUCCCGCGCAAAUAGGUAAGCGGAAAAGUAUUUCCUCACCAAAAUCUCUUCACUCCGACAAACAUAUGGCUCCAGAGCAUUUGGAUAGCGUUGAUCACGAAUAUUUGGAACAGCAAAUCACUCUUAUUAAUCCAGCUGUAGACCGCACAGAACUUAGGACAAUAUACUUUCGGCUAUUAACCGAAAGAACUACAGACUUAUUACAGAAUUUACCAAAUUCUAGUAGCUACCAACAAAGCUCUAACUUUCCCGAUGAUUUCUGUUUAGAGACGGUCCAGGUGUUUUGUGAACUUAUCAAUGCUGCACACUCUGGAGAAGUGAUUUUCUCCUUAUUGAAUGAAAAAGUGCAUCAUAUAAACGAAAUUCCUGCCACGAAGUCUGAUGUCAUACUCUUCCCUCUAAGCGGCGUCGGAGAUUCGGCUGCUAAUGAAAGAACUAAAGAUCAACUUGCGCGUAUGUUUGCUGCGAACGAGCUUCCGAGUAAUUUCUUGCAAUCGCUUGCGACAAAGUAUGCGUCGAGCUUAGUGUUUUUCAUCAAUAACUCCAAGCCGAAAAAACGUUCCAAAACGAUGAUGGGCGGUCGAUUCUACCUUCUUCUACCAGACAAAACCCUUGCAGAGUCUGAACACCUUUGUUUACACUUGCUGGUGCUGAUCAUGUCGAAGGUGCUGAGUGAAGGUUCGCAUGAGACAAUGGAAUUAACUAUCUGCAUCAACAGUAUCAACGGAGAAUACUUCAAGGACUUUUUUUCGCGCCAUGGAGCCAACAGAGAGGACGUCCAAAUCAUGCCUAUAAAGGUCGAUGAGAAAUCCAACUCAAAGGACUCAUCUCCAGGCUUUGUGGAUGCUGUUAUCGGUAAAAUAUCUAAGUCAGAGGAACCUCGCUUGGAGAGUAGUACCUUUGUCGUUGCAGACACGCACCUCCUGGAGCACCAGACUUUUAGCCCUGAAGUUGAAGUUGUAAUCACGAGAAGUUUCAGUGAACAUUUCGAUCUGUUAAUCUGUCACAAGAAGUCCAAUGUGUCGACACCGAAAGUUUCAGGAAACAAGAGCUGA